AUGUUCCGCCCCAGCGGAAGUGGCUUCAGCCAGAAGUUGUCUGGCCUCACAUUGAAGGGCGUCCUGUAUGGCUCAUGGAUCCUGGGCGUGUUUCCCUUCACCUACGACAGCUGGACGAGGAAACUGCAUCGUUCCAAGUGGUUAAUUGCGUAUGGCCUUGUCCUUAAUGCCGGAUUUAUUCUGCUGGUCAUCACAAAUGACUCGGAGAGUGAGACGCCGCUGAAAAUGGAGGUGUUCCAUCGGAACGCACUGGCCGAGCAGGUCAACCAAAUUCACGACAUUCAGAACCUUUCGAUGGUGUCGUUAAUACUGCUAAGAGGAUUCUGGAAGAGCGGACAUAUAAAGAAGAUCCUGAAUGAACUGGUGGAUCUCCAACACCGCCACUUUCGCCAUUAUUCCUCGGAGGAAUGCUGCAGCUUCGACAGGUUUGUCAUAUACAAAGGUGUCUCGGUGGCUCUGGAACUUGUAUCCAUGCUGGUUUUGGAACUGGGAAUGUCACCGAAUUUUAGUAGCCAGUUCUUCAUAGGAGUAACCAGCUUGUGCCUAAUGCUAAUGGCUGUCCUCCUGGGAGCCACCCAUUUUCACCUGGCAGUGGUUUUUAUCCACCGAUAUGUGUGGAUUGUGAACAGGGAACUUCUCGGACUGGUGAAGCAACUGGCGAAUGGACAAUUUGUGGAGUCUGAGAGAAUAGACUAUCUACUUCAUUUGUACCACCAACUAUUGGAACUCAGCAAUCGCCUGGCAUCCAUAUAUGACUAUCAAAUGGUUCUAGUAAUGGUCAGUUUUAUGAUUGCGAAUAUUUUGGGCAUCUAUUUCUUCAUUAUCUACUCUAUCAGCCUGAAUAAUAAGCUGAAUUUUUACAUAGUCGUAUUCGUCCAAGCUGUGGCUAUAAAUAUUUUUGAUUUUUGGCUCAAUGUUGAAGUCUGUGAUUUGGCGGAGCGCACAGGAAGACAAACAUCCAGCAUACUCAGGUUAUUCAACGAUAUUGAACAUCUCGAUGAGAAACUAGAGAGAAGUAUAUCCGACUUUGCCCUAUACUGCAGCCAUCGAAGGCUGAGAUUCCACCACUGCGGCUUGUUCUACGUCAACUACGAGAUGGGUUUUCGCAUGGCCAUCACCAGUGUCCUGUACCUCCUGUUCCUUCUUCAGUUUGAUUUUUGGAACCUGUGA